AUGUGCAUGGCGGUGGUCAGCGAGGGUAUGUUUGUUACGGACAAGAAGACUAAACCUUCUAAUGAUGACGGCACACUUGGUCUAAUUGAGUUGAACCUGAGAGCUGCGCGCUUCUUAGCUAUUGGAGACACUGUAGGGCGUUCUACUGAGCUUAUUCCAUCCGGCACCGAGCCGACUCGUCCGCAGAGUACAUUGGCUCAUGUCGUAGUACUAGAACCUACACAUGCACAGAGAGGCUGGCGUCCGCCUGCCGUACGGAACGUCGGCAGAACUGCAGAAAAUUUGCUGCGCAUACCAGCCGCGUCGAGUCACGAUGCAGAGGCGGGCCGACAUGGUGCUCUCUCCGAGAGACCCGAAUAG